AUGUGUGCUCCUGUUCUCGCAACAACGCCCCUCGGACAGCCACUUCGUCAUCGCCUACCAGGUGCUGCGGCGGAGGAUCCAGCAGGCCAGGUAGAGUGUGAGAGACGGGACCGUGGUUCCCUCUUUUCUCCACCUUUCCGAAUCGAAUCACUUCAGAUGCCCACGAGAGCGCGAGUGAUGACUAUUCAAAGGGAUAGGAGAAGAGGGAGAGCCGCGUGUCUGGCUUGUGAAUAUGAAAAACAAACCCAAUCUACAGUAGCUAAUACGGCAAUUUUGCUGCAAACUUUAGGUCCGCAAGUACGUCAUCCGUCGCGAGGUCCAGCCCAAGGGCGAGGGCAAGAAGCCUUACACCAAGGCUCCCAAGAUCCAGAGACUCGUCACCCCCCAGCGCCUCCAGCACAAGCGCCACCGCAUUGCCCUCAAGCGCCGCCAGGCCGAGAAGGUCAAGGACGAGGCCAACGAGUACGCCCAGAUCCUCGCCAAGCGCGUUGCCGAGCGCAAGGCCGAGAAGGCCGACCUGCGCAAGCGCCGCGCCUCCUCCAUGCGCAAGUAAAUCUCCGGCGUUGGGAAAAUGAAAAAGUAAAGAAUACUCGGGUCUUCUGGUUUCUUGCAUCGGGCGUGGACGGGAAACGUUUAAAAGGGAAAGCUGGAUUGUUUGGACCCGGAUUAGCCAUCACGACCAGUUUUUUCAGUCAUCACGAAUGUAAUAGGGCAUUCAAAAUGGAAAUGCAUCCUUGA